UUUACGGUAGUGGUACUGAUGCGGGAUGAGUCAGGCUAUAUGAUGCUGCUGCUACUGCUGCCAUUUCAUCAGCAGCGAACCCCUUACAAACGAACAGCAAACACAGCUAUGAUACCGCGGGAUUCCCCUCUGACAGCGAGCAUCCUGCCCCCGAAAACAGACGCGCUCCUCGGCUGAGAAACAGAGAAGAGGGGGGCUCGGUCUUGGUUCUUUUUUUUUUUUUUUGGUUCGAGGCUCCGGCUGAAAAGCGCAAGAUCCGGGUUUUUUAUCGCACCUGCUCUGGAUGCGUUUCUCUCCUUUUUCUCCCCCCUUCUUCUUCUUCUUCUUCUUCUUCUCCUUUAAGCUCUCGAUCGGGCCUGACAUUAACGAGCAACUCAGCCCUCCACUCCAGGGGCCUUGCUGUUGUGCGCCAGCCCCCCCUUUUUUUGCGCUGAUUUCGGGCUUCAGGACCAAAACAUCGACUCCCGGAGAGGCUUUUUGCGAGAGUUUUUCGGUUGUUGUUUCGGAGAGGAUCGCUCCAGACUUAUCGGUGCCAUGGAGCCCACAUCAGCCUGGUCCUGAACGGCGCAAGGGAAACAGCGUAAGAGAAGAAGAGAGCAACCAUUCAGGCCUAAACUGCACUCCUGCUCCAAACCGACGAACAGACAGAGAGACAGAGAGACAGACAGACACACAGGUGAGAGCGACAGACAGGCAGAAGCCAAGUCAUGGAGGCGAUAUGGCUCUAUCAGUUCCGGCUGAUCGUCAUCGGGGACUCCACGGUGGGAAAGUCGUGUCUGAUCCGGCGGUUCACGGAGGGCCGCUUCGCCCAGGUGUCGGACCCCACCGUCGGCGUGGACUUCUUCUCCCGGCUGGUGGAGAUCGAGCCGGGGAAGCGGAUCAAGCUGCAGAUCUGGGACACCGCGGGUCAGGAGCGCUUCAGGUCCAUCACCAGGGCUUACUACCGUAACUCUGUGGGCGGGCUACUCCUGUUCGACAUCACCAACCGCCGCUCUUUCCAGAACGUCCACGAUUGGCUGGAGGAGGCUCGCAGCCACGUCCAGCCGCACAGCAUCGUCUUCUUAUUGGUGGGCCACAAAUGUGAUCUGGAGGCACAGCGCCAGGUGACCCGCCAGGAAGCAGAGAAGCUGGCAGGGGCGUACGGGAUGCGCUACGUCGAGACGUCGGCCCGUGACGCCAUCAACGUGGAACACGCCUUCACCGAGCUGACCAGGGACAUCUUCGCCUUGGUGCGGUCCGGUGAUAUCACAAUCCAGGAGGGCUGGGAGGGCGUUAAGAGCGGGUUUGUCCCCAAUGUGGUUCACUCCUCGGAGGAAGUGACCAAGAGUGACCGCCGCUGUCUAUGUUGAUCUGGCAAGAGUUUUGGGACUGAAGGUGAAAAGCGGAGGGAUCAAGGAAGGAUUCAGAAGGGAGUGACUGACGGACUGAGGUGUCAGCCCUCUGACUGAAACAGUGGGUAACCCUCUAUUGUUCUUUCUUCAGACUGGAUACAGAGGAAUUUCAAUGGAAAGGCUAGUAGAAGGCGGAGAAGAACACCUUGAACGUGGGUGGAUAGCUGAAGGGUUGCGCCCAUUUCUGUAUACCUUUUAUUUCUCAGAGAGGAAGGAUCACAGAUGCUCAUUUAAUUGCGAGGGCUCCCACGAUUCAAUUCCUUUGGUUUUGUUUUGGGCUUCUUGCCUGAAAAUCCCACCCUGAAAGUCUCAGAAAAGGCCUUAGAAAGAGGAUCCAUUUUGGUUCUUCGCCAAAAAGACGAUGACGCUCUGGACAUGUUUAAUGUUUCUUUCGGCCAUCAUCUCUUCCUUCACCUCUCCUCCCACUACUUCUUAAUCUUCUCCUCUCCUCCAAUAUGCAAUUACAUGAUCACAUACGUUACGAUCACUCUUAUGUUGGUUUCCAACAUCCUCCUAGCACAUAUCAUUUGAAGAAAGUUUAGUCGGCACCCUUAGAUUUAACCUCAAGAGAGAGUUCUCUUGUGCUGACAUUUUGCUCCACAUUCCACUAUCAGAGCUCAAUGGAGGAGUCCUGGAGGUCCUAAAUAUAAUGAGGGAAGAUGAUUAACUUGGGAAGACACUCACAUUAUUUCUCUUCGGAGCAAUUUAGGCCUCCAGUGAGCUCAAUGACAUUGACUACAUGGUUAUAUCCACUAUCAUUCUGCUAAAUGCCACACUAUAACAAAACAUCGUCAUCCAGUUCCUAAUGGACUCCUUAAACAGGAAGAGACAACGUGUACAGCUUAACUGACCAAGGUGGACUUGUUGGACUAGCUUAACAACUCCUAACUGUCUGCCUUGAACUGGGGACUUGUGAAGGUGGACCGAUAGUAAUGAUGGAUCCAGAAAGCACCUUAAUAGCCACAAACUGUGGAGCCUCAUUUGGGACUUUUGAAGGGUGCUAAACAAGCUUGAGAUAAUUUAUUUAUUGAAAGUGAAGCAAACAGAGAGGGACCAGACCACGGACUCCACAAAAGAACCACUUCAUCCACAAUGCACGCAUAUGGACAAUAUAGUCAUGAAAAGAAAGUCCAACAGGAAGGUAUUAAAUUGAGCCAACACAAAUACAGGCACGGGGAACUACAAGGUUGAAUUUUGUUCUGAACAAGUGGUUUAUAUGCCUUUUUUUAUGAGUGUGCGCCAGAGUAAUAUCUCAUCACACCUUUAUUUUUAUUUUGACAGACUCCAAUGCUACAGGUUGAGGUGACUGGCAUAGUUACUUAGGCAUUUUCUGUAGUUGCAAGACCCCACUUUGACUUAGAAACUUCAUGCCUUGGAAGGUGGUUUUAGACGCACUCUCCCCAGAUCUGUCUUGGAGAGACUUACACUCAGUUUGCCGGUUUAUUAGCCAAAACUAAUGAAGUCUACUGCAACAGUCGUGCAAUAAAUCCUCCCUUCAUAAAGGCUAUAA